GAAACGAGCUGAUUCGUGAGGACAGUAUUCCGCUAGGAUAUCAACUCAGAAUAUUCUUCAGUGCAAGAAAUGGAGCCACCUGAGAUAUUUGAAUUUCCAUUUCCACCAUACAAGGCUCAAGAAGAGUUUAUGAAAACAUUAUACUGGGCCUUGGAGGAGAAAAAGCAUGGAAUUUUUGAAAGCCCUACAGGCACUGGCAAGUCCCUGGCGCUGAUCUGCGGCGCCGUGCGCUGGCUGCGCGAACCACGAGCGACGAGGAGGCUGGGUCCUCGGACGAGGGCGGCCGACGGUGACGAGGAGGCGUACCACGGCACGCAGAUCAUCUACACGAGCCGCACGCACUCGCAGUUGAGCCAGUUUGUGGGCGAGGUGCGCCGCUCGCCUCACGCCGGGCACGUCCGCGUGGCGGCGCUGGCGUCGCGUCCGCAGCUCUGCAUCAACGACGCGGUGCGCCGGCUCGGCAGCCUCGGCCUCGUCAACCAGGCCUGUUUGGAUAUGCAGCAGAAAUCCACCAGCAAGACCACCAAAGUUUCGAAGGAGGACGGCCGCUCCCAGAAGAAGCAAAAGGCGACGGGAGCGUGCCCCUAUAAACGGCGCGUGGACGACCUGGCGACGGAGAUUCUGUCAGAGGUCCGCGACAUUGAGCAGCUUGUGAAGGAGGGUCGCCGUCGAAAGGCGUGCCCCUACUACGCCAGCCGUCGAGCGGUCAGGGACGCCCAGCUGGUCGUGGUGCCCUACAACAACCUACUGCACAGCGGCACGCGCGCCGCCAGCGGCCUGCGGCUCGCCGGCAGCGUGGUGAUCGUGGACGAGGCGCACAACCUGCUGGAGACCAUCAGCAGCAUCCACUCCUGCCAGCUGGCACGGCGUCAGGUGGCGGACGCGUGUGACCAGCUCCUCCACUACAUAGACACCUAUAAGAGCAGGUUCUCGCCGAAGAACCUGCUCUACCUACGCCAGCUGCUGCACGUCCAUAAGGGCAUACUGAAGCUCGUCGACGGCACCGGCAAGGCACCGCCGGCCGCAGCCGAGGAGACACGCGUCCUCCAGCUGAACGACUUCCUCUGCGGCGCCGGCAUCGACAACCUGAACCUGCGGAAGCUGCAGCUGUUCGCCGAGAAGAGCCGGCUCGUGCAGAAGUUCCUGCGGGAGCUGCAGCAGCCGGCCGCCGCCCCGCCCGCCGCCCCAGUGGGGCCUGCGGAGACCGAGUCUCGUUCCUCGGAUAUGCCGCUGAUGGCCACGCUUCAACUGAUCAACGCCCUCUCGGAGCCCGACCGGGACUGUCGGCUUCUGAUUACCACCGCCAGGGCGGAGCCACCAUCGAUCAAGUACCUGGCGCUGAACGCGGCUGCCCAGUUUCAGAGCAUCGUCAGAGAGGCGCGCGCGGUGAUCCUGGCCGGCGGCACCAUGCAGCCGGUGUCGGAGUUCCGCGACCAGCUGCUGGUGGCGGCUGGCGCCGCUCCCGAGCGCGUCACAGUCUUCUCCUGCGGACACGUGGUGCCGGCCGACCAGCUGCUAACGCUGUCGCUGGCGGCCGGCCCGUCCGGUGCCGAGUUGCUCUUCAGCUACCAGAGCCGCGCGCAGCGCACCACGCUGGACGAGCUGGGCCGCGUCCUGCUGAACCUCUGCAAGCUUAUCCCGGCCGGCAUCGUCUGCUUCCUGCCGUCCUACGACUACUACGCCGCCGCCGCGCUCGCCCACUUCGCUUCCACCGGCGUCAUGGACAAGAUCUCUGCCAGGAAACAGGUGUUCCGCGAGCCUCGCCAGUCGAGCCGGUCGGACGCCGUGCUGACCGAGUACACCCAGGCCGUGAGGUCCGGCCAGCGGCCGCCGGUCGUCACAGGGGCCAUUCUCUUCUGCGUCGUCGGCGGCAAGAUGAGCGAGGGCAUCAACUUCAGUGACGAUCUGGGCCGCUGUGUGGUGGUGGUCGGCCUCCCAUACCCCAACGCCAAGUCGCCCGAGCUGAUGGAGAAGAGGAGGUUCCUGGACGCCAACAUGGUACGUGGGCUGACUUAG